CCGGCCCCAGGCCGCCUCGCCGCCGCCCGGCCUCGCUGCGCGCCACCAUGGACAGUCCCGUUUUCCCCUGGUAAAGAUGGCGGUGCGCGAUCGCUGCAACCUUUAGACUAAUGACUGUCCGAAACAUCGCCUCCAUCUGUAAUAUGGGCACCAAUGCCUCUGCUCUGGAAAAAGACAUUGGUCCAGAGCAGUUUCCGAUUAAUGAACACUACUUCGGGUUGGUCAAUUUUGGAAACACGUGCUACUGCAACUCCGUGCUCCAGGCGUUGUACUUUUGCCGGCCGUUCCGGGAGAAUGUGUUGGCAUACAAGGCCCAGCAAAAAAAGAAGGAAAACCUGUUGACGUGCCUGGCCGACCUUUUCCACAGCAUCGCCACGCAGAAGAAGAAGGUUGGCGUCAUCCCACCAAAGAAGUUCAUUUCGAGGCUGAGGAAGGAGAACGAUCUCUUUGACAACUACAUGCAGCAGGAUGCUCACGAAUUUUUAAAUUAUUUGCUAAACACUAUUGCGGACAUCCUGCAGGAAGAGAAGAAACAGGAAAAACAAAACGGGAAAUUAAAAAAUGGCAACAUGAAUGAACCUGCAGAGAAUAAUAAACCAGAACUCACCUGGGUCCAUGAGAUCUUUCAGGGAACACUCACCAAUGAAACCCGAUGCUUGAACUGUGAAACCGUGAGUAGCAAAGAUGAAGAUUUUCUGGACCUCUCUGUUGAUGUGGAGCAGAACACCUCCAUCACUCACUGUUUGAGAGACUUCAGCAACACAGAAACACUGUGUAGUGAACAAAAAUAUUAUUGUGAAACGUGCUGCAGCAAACAGGAGGCUCAGAAGAGGAUGAGGGUAAAAAAGCUGCCCAUGAUUCUGGCCCUGCACCUAAAGAGGUUCAAGUACAUGGAGCAGCUGCACAGGUACACCAAGCUGUCUUACCGGGUGGUCUUCCCUCUGGAGCUUCGGCUCUUCAACACCUCCAGCGAUGCUGUGAACCUGGACCGCAUGUACGACCUGGUGGCUGUCGUUGUUCACUGUGGAAGUGGUCCUAACCGUGGACAUUACAUCACCAUUGUGAAAAGUCAUGGCUUCUGGCUGUUGUUCGAUGACGACAUUGUAGAGAAAAUAGAUGCUCAAGCUAUUGAAGAAUUCUAUGGCCUGACAUCAGAUAUAUCAAAAAAUUCAGAAUCUGGAUAUAUUUUAUUCUAUCAAUCAAGAGAAUAACUUAGCGGAGCGUGGGACUAAUUCCAGCGGGGAAAUACUCAAAGCACUACAGCCUUGUUUCUCUGCAGACCUUUCCCCCCCACAACCCACUGACAUUAUCACUGAUGCCCACUGGUCUGGCAGUGUUCAACUUCCUUCCUUUGUGUUUUUAUAAGCAGCACUACUCCUGGUUUGUCCUGGUCUGAGGUGGAGUUAACUGCAGUCAGAUUCUAGUCAGAUUUAGAUGAAUAACUGUUGCUAAUUUGAAGAUUGGGGUGAAUGUUAUGCGGCUUGUCAUGUCUGGCUAAGUCAGAGUGACAUUUCCUGUAAAUGUCACAGCCCAUUUUGAGUGUUUGUUAAGCUUCCUGAAUGGUUUCCGGGGUCUCUUUUCCAUGCAUUCCUUUGACAUGUCCCUGGAAGCGUUGCUACCCAUUGUUAGCGUGCCUGCCUCUUCUGAUGGCAGGAGAUAGAUCUUCUCCCAGUAAGGCUGCAGCCAUAGCUUUAAGUCUGUGCAAGUGAAAAUGUCUAAAAGUGAGCGACGUCCAUGGUGAAAUCAUCCUCCGCAUUGGAACCGGGUGAAGCCAGGCUGUUGAUGAUGGCCAGUGUUUGCACCCAACUGUGCUUACCUAGCUGGUAGAAUCCCAGGGGCUAAGACUAGGGAGCUCAGGGCAGGCAAAGCCAGGAGGAACAUGUUUUUGUGGAUAGUGAAAAGUUCCUUAUCUUCCUACCAAAAGCCGAGUUUCAGGAAAACGAUGCGAGGCUGUUCCUUUUCAGUGACCGUUUUCUUCUGUUGGGUCCUGUAGCUGUCUUCUUCUCGUAUCUGGCACUGCUAAGCUUUUCAAGCUGGCUUUCCAAUCCUGCUGGUGUUUUGCAGUCAGUGGCAUCAGGGCUGAGAUACCAGUUGGCUGCCUCUGGCACAUCUCUCUCUCUAGCCAGUGGACACCAACAUCCUUCCUAGACCAGGAAGAUGAAUCAACUACUCUGUUUGCCUUGACGACCAUCAGCAGAUUGUACAGCUUCAUUUAAAAAUCAAAAUCCUAUUCAGUCUGUUUACGGGGACACUGGUGAGUUCCAGGGCUAAAACAAAACUCUCCCUGAAGGGAAUGCUGGAGUUAGUGGAGUGUGAGAUGGGUCACCGGAAGUGUUAAGGGGUGGGCGAAAGGAUGAACAAGACAGCUGCUAUUUCUCUGGCUCAGAUUUCUAGAAUGCUUGACAAGACAGUGUCCUGGGAGAACCUCAUCUCACUAUUUUCCCUUUUGUUAUGUGUGUAUUUAUUAGAGAAUUUGAAUAUUGGUACCUUUUCUUAAAAGGGUUGAUUUGGUGUUUUACUGUUGAGUUAAUCUUAGUUUUCCUACAAAUACUAUGAGUCACAGAUCUUGGGUUCCUUUGGGACGUCAGUUGACUUCCAUACACUAUAGUAUACUGUGAACGUGUUAUGUUGUGACCCAGUACAUCAGCGAAUGAACAUGCAAACUCUUGGCAUAAUGUGAACUACAACUGUAAUUGAAGAGCGUCAGUGGCCAUUUUGCAACAAUGAAGAGGAUAGCACUUUAUCUAGGUGAAAACUGGACCUUUUAUUUUUUGAAAUAUCUUGAACUGUUUGUGGCUCAGAACUUAAGCAUGCCAACACUUCAUUUGUUCAUGCUUGAAGGAGGAUGUCUCACUCUUCACUGGAGAAGACGGAACAGGGUCAUUUCAUGUUAUUGUCUUAUGCAAGUGGCAAAAUGGACCUUGUUUUGGUUAGAGGCAAAUGCGUAUUUAUAAAUAUUGUGUCUUUUUUCCCCCUCCAUGAAGCAUAUUUAUUAAUCACUUACCUUGGAGGUGAACCUUUAUUCUUUAAAGAGAGGCCCUUUCUAAAUGAAAGUGAUUGAUGGAAGGAAAUGUUUGUACCACAUACGGCCCAUAUAUUUGACUGUGGGUUACAAAGGUUAAGAAAAUGGUUACUGGUUUCUAAUCUAUUUGGAACUGAUCAUAGAACAAAAAUUAUUAAAAUUAUCUUUGAAACAACUCUUGAAGCUAAUUUAUUAGACAAAAAAUUAUUUCAAUUGGAAGCCCAAAGUGCUAUUAUAAAGUUCAGCACACUUUUCUUUUCUUUUCUUUUUUUCCUUUGGUGAGCGUGUAAAGUUUUCCUCAGUAGUGUGGACAAAGUCAUUGCUUUUAACAGAGAAAGCGAGUUAAAAUUCAGUAUUCAUGAAGAAGUUUUUGGAACGGAAAGAGAUAAGCAUGGAGACUACUGUACUGACCUUCAGCUGGUUAUGGUGCAGGGGAAAAAGAUCGCAGAAGACCAAAUACAAAUCUCCAUCCACACGCCAUCUGUUUUUAAAACAUAGGACCAUCUGGUAACUACUCACCUCUUUUUCAGUCAAGGAAACAACCUGAGGCAGCUCUCUUCCACCCCCAUCAUUUUUCUUGUCCUAGAGAAAUCAUGUUCUCACUUGCCGUCCCUGGUUCUAGCAGAAACAACAGUGACGGUGGGACACGUGAGACCACUCCAAGGUCACCUCCAAGGUCACGGCAGCGAUAGCACAAAGACCCAGCAACAGCCCCCCAGAUGGGGCUUUGCGUGUUUUCUCCAGCAGGAGUGAGGAAGCCUGCUGCAUUCUCGAAUUGCUGGGUAUUUAAAAAGAAAUUAUAGUGUCUUUGAAGAGACUUUAAAACUUUUUUUAAAAAAUGAAAUGUUUGUUUUAUUGGUUACUUGCUAGUUUAACAUCUAGAUUAUGGUACAGUAUGCUAAAAUCUUUUGUUUCAAGGCAAAAUAUAGUGAAAUGGUGACAUGUAUAGAGCCGUUACAUUGAUGUGUUUUUCCAUUCCAAGCCAUCAUCAGGUAGACUGGCUGGAAGAAAGCCAGAAAUAAUACAAUCAGGGUGUCAGUCUGAAUAGGAAGCCAUUCCCAUGUGGUUUAAUGUCCUGGUUAUAUUUUGGACUUAACAUAAAAUGGAACAUGACAGAAAUGGUCCCUGUGUGUUUGUUUUCAUGGGUACCCUUAAUCUCAUGGGCACGUCUAACUCGAAAGUGUGUUCUAACUGGCGCUUAAGGCUUAUUUUAGAUACUGGAGUGUAGCUUUAUUAUGGAUGGAUUUUAUCUUUUAAACAUUUCAUUUUGAUCAAUUUUGUAUAUUCAUGUGUAUUAAAAUAUCGUGCACUAAAUGUUCUCUCCUGGUUUGCUGUUACCUGGUCAAGGGAUUGGCCAGCACCAUUGUGAUUAGCCCAUGCAAAUGGCAUGGGCCAGAGAAAAUUAUUGCCUAUUUUUCUGCCUAAUUAAAUUUCUGUUUUCUAGUAUUACAUUAACUUAUUUUUGCCUCCUAUUUCUGUAACCAAAAUAGUUACUGUAUGUGUGUGACAUUCACUUGAUUUUGUUGCUUAAAAAAAAAAAAGCUUGUAGUUUCUAUUUAAAAUAAUCUGUAUCUUUGUUUGUUUUUUUAAUGUAACCAACUCAAGCACUUUAAGCAA